CUCUUACCCAGUUUCAGGCCCAGUAGUUUCCAAACGGAUCAAGACCAUGGCAAUCCUCGGGUCCCUGCUGCUGUCACUGGCGCUGUUUCUGUGCCUUGGACUGCUGUGUUCUCCUGCCAGCUGCAUAAGUCACAAUGACAACUGCAUGCUCUUCAGUAAGGUCAUUGCCGCCACUUACUCAGGAAUCCAUGCCAACCCAAAUGUCUAUAAAAGCAAUACAGUCUACACAGUGUCAGUUCCUGUGAAUAACAGUAUUAGCUCUGUGGUCCUGCGAGCAACAGACCAGCACAACUCAGUCAUUGGCUCCUGGCAAAAAGCUGACAAGUAUUGCAGCAGCAGCGUCUUGUACCACAUGAAGAGCCCAUACAGCAAGCUCUUCGAGGCAAAAUGGGUAUCUCCUAGUUCCAUGAACAUAACUACAGUCGAGCUACAGCCUCCACACUCCAUGCAGCAACAGAUAAAACACCAAAUGGUGGUGACAAUCUUCAAUGGAAACAGCACAUUCUCACCAACAUUAACCACAACCCGAACCACAGCCAAAAGCUCGGCCAAAAGAGCCUUCCUCAGCCCCAUGAGAGAUGCCAUUCAGAUCCUGCUCGUCUUUCUCACCAGCAAACUCCUCUUCUAG